UCAUCGAGGAACACGGGGCGACACAAGCAAGCAAUAUUAUCAGGGACGAGGUACCGCUUCGCUCUAAUCGAGGACACAGUUUCCCCUAUACAAUUAUUUAGUAAGAAAACUACAAUUAGAAUCAUGAAAUAAUCCCGUGGCGUGUUGUUAGUGGUGAUAUGGUGGAUGUGGGCCGGAGAGCUGUGGGAGGAAGGGAAAAGAGGACUGCGGCUGUGCAGUGUGCAGGAGUGAGAGAAUUUCCCGCUCCCUGCCAGCCUCCCACUGAUCGGUAGUACGCGCGCGUUGGCGGCAGUGGGCAGUACGUGGCGCCUCUUCUUCCUUGCCUGUCCCUUGCCCUGUCCAGCUUUGUCAUGUGCAAAAAUGUGGGGCAGCGGUGACCCCUCGGCCGCAUUCCCACUGGGCAUCCUGCUCCUCCUGCUGGCGGUGCUAGACGGGCUAGUGCAAGGCAAGGAGGACUAUGGGCGGAGCGAGGAUGGGGCCUCUGGAGGAACAGCUGGAGCGGCGGCGGGCACUGCGUGGACUACCAGCCAGGAGGUGGUGAAGAGAAUCCUGCCCAGUGACGUCCAGUGUCAGUGUAAUGAUGGAGUGCUGGCCUGCAGGGAUGAAGAAGGGGAGUGUGCCUGCGUGGCCAAUGAACUGCUGUGUGAUGGCCACUUUGACUGUCUGGAGGGUGAAGAUGAAGCCCACUGCCUGAGGGAACCCUGUACUGGUCACCUCUGCACCAAGACCAACAAGUGUGUGGACAGCUCCUUGUUGUGUGACGGCAUCGAUGACUGUGGAGACAAGAGUGAUGAACGCUUUUGCAAUCUGCCUCAAAUCAACGCUAAUUGCACCAAGCCGGACCAGUUCACUUGUGCCGACGGGAAGUACUGUAUCUCUGUGGUGUGGCUGUGUGAUGGGGAUGCUGACUGCCAGGAUAAGUCGGAUGAGGCAGACUGCUCCAGUCAAGUCCCAUCUCAGAGCACAUCUGUAAGUGUGUCUCAUUCCCCAGCACCUGUCAGCCUCAGGAGCACAGUUUGUGGUGAUGGCCGCUGCAUCCCAAAGAAUUGGGUGUGUGACGGGGACCCAGACUGCUUUGACGAGUCUGAUGAGCAGGACUGCAACAAGUUAUCAGAACCCACCUGUGGGCCAGACCAAGUGUUAUGCACAGGGGAUGGGCGCUGCAUCAUGCAACACUAUGCUUGUGACGGAGAAAAUGACUGUGGUGAUUGGUCAGAUGAGCAGAAUUGUGACAAUGAAACCUGCCCUGGUGAUGACUUCAGGUGUGAGUCUGGGAAGUGCAUUGAGAGGAAAAAAAGAGGGGAAAAGGAGGACAUUGUGUUCAUAGUUGACUCUUAUUUCAGCCAAGUGAGUGCCACCCAGAGGAGUCCCAUGCCUGUCCCAACCGCUGCAUUGCCAAGGAGUGGAAGUGUGAUGGCACUAAGGGACUGUAGUGAUGGCUCAGACGAGGUGGGGUGUGAAUUUUCCUGUCCGCCUGAGCACUACACCUGCUUUCACACGGCCUGCAUCCCCCUCCACCGCCUCUGUGAUGGCCACCACGACUGCCUCUUUGGUGAUGAUGAAGUUGGCUGCCCCACAGAGGAGUGCACCACCCUUCAGUGCAGCAGCAACAUCUGUAACCCAGCAAAGAACAGUUGCCUCUGCCCACCAGGCCACUCCCUUGCUGCAGACAACACCACGUGUGUUGAUGUCGACGAGUGCUCCUUAUUCCGGCCGUGCUCCCAGACCUGUGAAAACGUGGUUGGGGGCUUCAACUGCUCGUGCAUCCCUGACUACUACAUGCUCCGCCCGGACCACCUCACCUGCAAGGCCAGCCCUCCGCCAGCCUACCUCAUCUUUUCCAACCGAGCUGAGAUCAGGCUGAUAAGCCUGGACCGUCGAAACUACUCAAGUAUCGCCGAGGGGCUUCAGAAUGCCAUCUCCAUCGACUUCCACUACGAACACCGCCUCAUCUACUGGUCUGAUGUCUCCCUGGAUGUCAUCAUGAGAGCUUUUAUGAAUGGCACUGGAGAAACAGCCAUUGUGCGCUGGGGUCUCCGGAUACCAAGUGGAGUCAGUGUGGACUGGGUGAACGACCACGUGUAUUGGCUGGACGGGAUCACCAUGCGGAUUGAGGUCGCUAAUUUAGAUGGGUCAUGCAGGCGGCCUCUCAUCUGGACCAACCUACAGAAGCCACGUGGCCUCCUGGUGCACCCACAUAAGAACCUCCUCAUCUGGACAGAUUGGGGCUCCAAUCCCCGGAUCGAGCGUGCCUACCUGGAUGGCUCAGGGCGGCAGGUAGUGAUUGAGGAGGGUCUGCACUGGCCCAACGGCAUCACACUUGACUACCCCACAGAGACUCUGUACUGGGUGGACGCCAAGCAGCAUGUGAUAGAGACGGCUCACAUCGACGGUACCAACAGGAGGACGAUCCUGGAGGGGCUGCGUCAUCCCUUCGCCAUCACAGUGUUCGAGGACACACUCUACUGGACUGACUGGCUCACUCGCUCCAUUGAAAAGGCUGACAAGAGGAAUGGUCAGAGUCACACCACCCUUCAAGGCCGACUCUCAUUCCCCAUGGAUAUACGGAGCUUACACCCGACUCGUCAGCCCCGCCUGUUGAAUUCCGAGAAACGUGGGUGUAGCCUGAGGAACGGCGCCUGCUCCCAUCUCUGCCUUUCCAGCAAGGACUCCUAUGCCUGUUACUGCCCCCAUGGCCUCAUCCUUGGACCAGAUCGCAGGACCUGCAGUGAGAGACCAGACCGUACCCUCAUCUUUGCCCAGCGGAAGAGCCUCAGGAUGAUCUCACUUGAGGACAUCCUUGAAAACAACAACACUGCCUUCACCAUUGCCUCCACCUCGCCCAGCGCCACAAACACCUCCGACAUGGCGCAGGUGAGGAUAGAUACAGUGGUCCCCGUCAGCAACGUCCAAGCUCCGGUGGCUCUCGACCCCUACACAAAAGAGGACCUCAUCUUCUGGACGGACAUCAAGGCUAAGACCAUUAGCAGGGCACAUCUCAACGGCUCACAUCACAUGACUAUUGUCAGGAGUGGCUUAGAGAUGCCGGCAGGCGUGGCAGUGGACUGGGUGGGCCAUAAGCUGUACUGGACAGAUGCCGGCACCAAUCGUGUGGAGGUGGCCAAUCUGGACGGCUCCAUGCGCUGCCUUCUGGUGUGGCGUGGCCUGGACAAACCUCGAGACAUUGUGGUGGAUCCUAAGGAUGGCUACAUGUUCUGGACUGACUGGGGGAAGCAAGCCAAGAUCGAGCAGGCAGGGAUGGAUGGCGAGAACCCAAGGGUGUUGGUCAGUACAAACCUUAAGUGGCCCAACGGACUAGCCAUCGACCACAGCCGGAGACUCUUGUACUGGCUGGAUGCCUCUACCAAGUCUAUUGAGAUGGCCAGGCUGGAUGGGACUCAGAGAAGGGCACUGAUCUCGGGGGAACUGGACCACCCCUUUGGCCUUGCCCUGUGGAGGAACCUUGUCUUCUGGACCGACUGGGACACCAAGAGCAUGUACAUGGCUGACAAGGAGACUGGUGCUAACAGGCAGACCAUUGUCCAAGGUCUCAAGGAUAUGAUGGAGGUGAAGGUGUUUGAACGGUCCCAGCCAACCAUUUCCUCCGCAUGUGACAUAAUGAAUGGUGGCUGCUCCCAUUUGUGUCUGCUCAGCCCCAGUGUCUCAGGUCGCAAGUGUGCCUGUCCCACUGGCGUCAAACUGAAGGUAAUAACAGUAGUAGCAACAGAUGCUCUUCAACUGAUCGCCUCAACCUGCUAUGAUGGACCAGAGAAGGCAUUGGUGUUUGCCCGCCGGGAGGAUGUGCGGCUAGUCUCCCUGGACACCCCUUAUCGAGUUGACGUCAUCCUGCCUCUCCAGGGACUCCAGCACGCCGUGGCCCUGGACAUUGAUGCUGUGACAGGGGACAUCUUCCUGCCAGACAGUGCUGCUGCCAUCAUCUUCAGGGUGUCCCACAAUGGCCAAGUGGCGACCCCAGUUGUGACCUCGGCCAUCAACAGCGUGGAGGGUAUUGCUGUGGAUGCUACUGGCAGGAAGAUGUACUGGACUGACCUUGCCAUGCAGUCUGUUGAGGUGAGUGAGCUGGAUGGGACUCACAGGCGGGUGCUGUUCACUGGGCUGAACCGUCCCCGGGCCAUCACCACCCACUACCCAUCAGGACGCCUCUUUUGGACUGACUGGGAUGAGCAGUACCCAAGGAUUGAGACUGCAGACAUGGAUGGCAAUAAUAGGAUGGUGCUGGUGGAUACAGACGUGGCGUGGCCCAAUGGACUCACCGUGGACUGGCAGGACCUGGAGCUGUACUGGACAGAUGCCAAGGCUAACGUAAUUGAGGCCAUAGGAUUGGAUGGACUCAACAGACGCAGGGUGAUAACAGGUCUUCCUCAUCCCUACGGCGUGAGCACUCAGGGACGCUGGCUCUACUGGACAGACUGGGAGACCAAAUCCCUCAACCGAACCCUCAAGAGAACCGGCCGCUCACCCUCCACCAUCAGGGAGGGGCUGGCAGGGAUUAUGGAUGUCAAGGCUUUACCUGGCCCUGAUGUGGUGAGGAAUGCAUGUGGAACAAACAACGGGGGCUGCUCUCACCUGUGUCUCCGCCAGCCCAAUGGAUACACCUGCGCCUGCCCCACUGGUCUCAUGACAUUGGAGGGUGAUCCUUCUCGCUGUGAGGACGAACCACAGAAAUAUCUGAUCUAUGGCGCCAAGGGGACACUGGGACGCAUCUCUCUUGAUGUCGAGCCACUGUGGGAGUUUCCGCUUCCCAUCCCAGCCACCUCACACCCCAUCUCUGUUGACGUGCAUUACGAGAAGCGACUUCUUUUCUACGCUGAGGCUGAUCUGCAGGUCAUAAGGGUUGUGUCUCUGAGGAACAUGUCCUACCCCUGGUCAGUCCUCUCCCCAGGCUACACCACACCUGACAGUCUGGCUGUGGACUGGGUGGCCAACAACAUCUACUGGACAGACUCAAUGCGGAAGGUUGUGGAGGUGGCGAGGCUGGAUGGCUCCUCAGCGAAAGUGAUCAUCAACAACAGUCUGGAUUCACCACGAGCUGUGGCUGUGUUUCCUAGUGAAGGCCUGCUCUUCUGGACUGACUGGGGCAAGCCUUCCAAGAUUGAGCGUUCAUAUCUCGAUGGAUCAGCUCGGACAGUCAUUGUGGACAGGAACGUUGGGUGGCCGAACGGACUUGCCAUUGACUAUGAGGCACGGAAGAUUUACUGGAAUGACGCCAAGGGGGACACCAUUGACUGCUCAGACCUUGAUGGCAGGAAUGUUGUCACUCUCAUUCAGGAGGCCCCUCACCCCUUUGGUCUAACACUGCUUGAUCAGCACAUCUACUGGACUGACUGGAAGAAGGCAGCAAUUGAGAGGGCAGAUAAGACCUCAGGCCAUAACAGGAGGGUGGUGAGGAGUACUAUUGAGGGAGUGAUGGAGGUGAAGGCUGUCACUGCUUCAUCACAGCCUGGAUGGAACGCAUGUGGUGAUCGGAAUGGUGGCUGCACUCACCUCUGCUUCUAUCUGCCCACUGGCCACCGCUGUGCCUGUCCUGACAUCCUAGACGAGCGGGGCUGUUCAAGCCCAGGUCCAAGGUUUAAGGUGAAUGGGACGCGCUGGUCGAAUAACGAGAUUCGCCUCAUUGAGCCAAACUGGCACCGCAACCGAUGGGACAAGACCAACGCACCGGGGGCUGGUGCCGCUGCUGGGGGUGCUGGUGCUGGUGCUGGUGGUGUCUGCGCUGGCCAUGAUGGCGGUGUGGCAUGGUGGAAGUUCAAACGGCAGACCAAGAUGGUGAACGAGCCUGACGGUGGUGCCCUCACUUACACCAACCCCACCUACAGCGCCUCAAAUUCAGAUGUCAACACGGAUCGCAAACCUUUCACCUGGCGGCGUCUCCACAGCGAAAACGUGCAUCAGGUUCGCAUGUUUGAAGAGAAGGGGGAGGUUGCUGCCUUGAUCAGCGAGGGGAGCAGCGUGGAGCAUGAGUCGCCCCCACCCACGCCGCCCACACGCCCUGACACCGCCACAUAAUGCCCCCACCACACCCCCCACAGCCUCCAACCAGCUGUCCACGUGGGAGCCAAUCACCUCCACCGCCUCAAAAGUGGGUCACCUUGAAGACUAACAGACGAAUCGCACUAAUGCGCUCCACCCGCCCCGUGUCCCGCCACUCCACUCUCCGACACAAAUGGCCCUCAGGAUUCCCUCUCAAGCCUCUCACAGCCCAUGCCUCCCUUGUCUUUUUCCUCUCUCCACCCACUCCCCGUCCCCCUUCCUCACCACACAGCAGUCAGCACCCACACAGCAGCCACAGCACUCACCUCCCUCCACAUCCAUCAAUGCUACACUACCAUCACCUCCAUUAAUGCACUCCCUCCUCUCCUGCAUGUCGUCUACACACACACACACACACACACACACACACACACACACACACACACACACACACACACACACACACACACACACACACACACACACACACACACACACACACACACACACACACA